AUGCGCCAGAUCGUUGUCAGCCCCUCUUUCGCCUUUUUCCUUAUUCUCUUUAUUCAUUUUUCGACGUUAUCCUUUCUUUUCGUCUUUUUUUUUUUUUUUUUUUUUUUAAACCUUCCACAUCUUUCUUCAGUUUUUCCGUCGUUGCUUGGUGGUCGUUUUCCACCAUUCUUAUUUUCAGGACUUUUUUUUCUUUGGUCACCGGCUCAUUUUUUAUCUUUCGCUUUUCUUUCACCAUGUCAUGGUCAUUUUGUGGCUUCCGUUUUUUUCUCUUUUACACUGUUUUCUUUUUUCUUUUCUUUCUUUUUUUUUUCCAAGGCCAUAACUCUUCAUAUAGGCCUUCAUCAGAACCUAUACUUGCUGCCUUCCCUGUCCCAAAUUUGUUUCUGUUUUCCUCAGUUUGGCCAUUUAUGGACUUUACUUUCUCUUUUUUUGUCAUGUUCUUCAAUCUUCAUUUUCCAUCCAUUUUCCUAUGUUUUGUCACUACUUGGUAUUUAUGAGGCCUUUUUUCUAAUUUCUUUCUUUUUUUUGUUAUGGCUUGGUCUUUUUAUGACUUUUCUUUUUCUAAUUUCCUCCCUAUUGGUCACUGCAUGGUUUACGCACCUCUUCCUCUUUUCAAGUUACUUUGUUCGCUACAUUAUGUUCAUAUUUCCAUUUUUCUUACUUUUUUUCUCUUUUGUCACCGCCUGGUGUUUUUCUAACUUUCUCCUUUCUUUUCUUCUUUUCUUUUUGCUCGUUUCCCAUCUUUUUUUCUGGCCUACCCUCUUUUUUCUUUUUUUUUUUUUCAAUUCUUUCUAUUUUUGCCACACUCUCCUUAUUCUCUUCCCUUUAAUUUUUUUUUUUUGCAAUAUAUUUUUUCUUUUUAUUAUUAUUAUCUCACUCUUUGCCUUCUUCAAUUGUCCUCUUUCUCAAUUUCCCUCUCAUACUAACACUUUCUAUGAUUUGCUUUCAUUUUUAAUUUUUGUUAAUUUUUUAUUUCUGGUUUCUUUUCUUCUCUACCUUCUUUCUCUCUUUGUAUAUCUUCUUUAUUUCUUCAUCUCACUCUCUUUCUCUUUUAUUUGUUUUUCCCUUUUCUCUCUCUCUCUCUCUCUCUCUCUCUCUGCCUAUUUUUCUUUCUUUAUUACACAUUUUCAUUAG